AGUGGGCUACCUUCCGCCUGAAGGAGCGAGGCGGCCCCUAGCGCCCGAGCCCGCUGCGUCUCCUCGAGGCAGGCCUGCGGCAACGGGCGAGCGUCGGGGCGCAAGCGAGGGCAAUGUGCGCCACUCGAGUGCAUCGUCCCUGAGCCAGUCCUGGGAGUAUCUACCCGAGCUAGCCCCUCUGCCUCGAUGCCGGCGGCCUGCUGCUCGAGGAGGGCCCAUCUGAUACGGCUUUCCCAGGUGCUUGCGCCCGCCCAGGCACCCUCGCCACGAGGAGCCAGAGGCAGGCCGACUGCCAGAGGGGAUAUAAGGUUCUGCGGCACCGAGCGACGACCCCCUAUCCACCCACCCCUGCUCACCGAUCGCCAGCGAACAGCACGACUCGCGAAGAACGCCGCAGCGCAAGGCCAACAUCCACGAGAAGGCUUAAGAUGCUCGGCUUGGCCCGUUCCGAGCAGGUCUUCGCCACCUCCUCCCGUCUGCGCUCCCUCUCUGCCUCCGCCCUUUCGCCCGCCGCCAUGAAGCUCGCCCGCUGCACGCCCCUGCCGGCUGCGCCACUCGCCCUGACGCGACUCACCAGCCCCUCGGAGGCGGCGCCGCGCCUCUCGCCGCCGCUGCUCGCCGCACUCGGCGUGGCGCUCGCGCUGCUGCUCCUCUCCGCCGUCUGGACGCACCGAGGCGCCUCACGAGCGGCCCUGCAGGCGCUGUCAAGUCGAUCGAAGACGGCUCGACGUCACCUGGGCCAUUCCCACGCCGGCGAGAAGCUCUCGCACAUCCCAGCUCCGCCUGUCGUCACGAUCCCACGCCACAUCCAGCUGUCGGAAGCCGGACACGAGGCCUAUGCUCGCGCCCUCGAGGAGCACGGCGAUGUCAUCGUCGUGCCGCGCCACGGACGCCUCGAGUAUGUCGUCGACUACCAGCACGUCAAGGAUGUCCUGACAGACUCGCAGCGCUUCAGCUUCGAGGAGGCCGUGACGCGGAUGCUGCACAUGCGCUUCAUGCUCUGGUUCAAGCAGGGCACCUUCGUCAGCGAGCUCGACCGCCUGGUGCAGGACGGCAUCAACCCACGGCUUAACGCAGUCGUCGACAAGGUGUCGCCGAUCUUCGUGCAGGAAGUCGAGGAGCUCUUCGAGAAGCAUGCCACUGCGGGAGCGGCCAGCGAGGUCGUGAUCGAGAACCUCUACAGCUGGGUGCAUCGCGGCAUUGCACGCGCAAUGGUUGUGCUGAUCCUCGGCGAGCGCUACCUCGACGAGAAGAUGACGCAGCGCUUCAUGGCCGUCGUCGGCGCCAUUGCGGACCUGAGCGGCAUCUACGAGAACACGCACGGCUGGGCAUGGGCACCGGCGCUCUGGUCGCUCAAGACGACGCUCGGCGCCAUCUGCUUCACGAUCGUGCCGCAGUUCUUCUUCUCCAUCGUGCCGCUGCUGUGGCGCAACCGCGAGUCGCACCUCAACGCCGGCCUGGACGUCGACUCGACAGCAUUUGCGCCCUUCUUCGACCUGCUGGCGGCGCGGCAUCGCAACCGUGUCACCGACCAGCUGAGCUUCCUCAACUUCGUCUGGUGCGCCGUCGUGUGCCUCGGCAUCAUCUUUGCCUCGGUGCAUCAGAGCGCCGUGAUGGCCGUGUGGUGCAUCGCGAACCUCGCCAAGCGGCCCGAGUACAUAGACGAGAUCCGCGCCGAGUUCGACGAGGUCCUCGAGACGGACGCCGAGGGCAAGAGCGUGCUGGGCCUCGAGGGCUUGCGGCGCAGCGAGAAGCUCGACUCCUUCAUUCGCGAGGUGCUGCGCACCAACAGCUCGCUCUUUGCGCCCGUGCGCUACACGACUGAGCCGGUGCGUGUCGGCAAGUACCUCAUUCCGAAGGAUGCCCUCGUCGCGCCCUACAUCAAGCGAGCCCACGAGCUAGGCGACGGCGCCGCCGGCAAGGGCGCAAGCUUCGACGGGCGUCAGUGGGUCGGCGUCAAGGCGGCCGUGACUGGCGAUGCAGCCUUCAUCACCUUCGGCCUGGGCCGAUGGGCUUGCCCCGGCCGCCAGCUGGCCAUCGCAGAGCUCAAGAUGAUCACCGGCAUCCUCUUCGCGCACUACGACGUCGUGCUCGACGGCGACGAGCUCGUGCCGGGCGACGCCAUGAACCGCACGAGCGUCGGGCCGACGAACACGGCGCGCAUCCGCAAGCGUGCCGGAGGCAUCACUGCCUGAUCCGGCUCGAGGGUGCUGGCUCCCUCGCCGUUCGUUCCCUGGUCGUCGACGAAGUCACAGAAGAGAAGCACUUGAUCUGAUUAUCGC